UUAAAUUAGUCUUUGAAGCUAUCUGAAAGCAAGGUGCAAGCAUCCUGGCAUAUCUUUCUUAACUGUUUUUGUGGGCAUCUCUUAAAAGCAGGAGGAUGCCAUAAACUGAAGUCACAGUAUGCACAGGCCAUACGUACACAGCCCCAAUAGUCCAGUAUCAGUCUAUAUUUAUUUUUCCAAACUGUCUUCAAAUACCUUGAUAGUUUAUGUCUCCCCUGACUUUAUUCCUCCUUGAUAAGGCUUCCAUUACUUGGCUAUUAAAUUUGCUUACACUCACUUACCUUACACUGGUGCGCCCUUUCUGUUAUAUGUUGGCUUUCUAUAUGGGUCUGGGUUUGUCUGGCUUCCUCCUGAUUUCAAACCUUACCUUUGAAAGAUACUGUUGCUAGUUAUAAAAUUCUAGGUAGAAGCUAGACAUGGCGGCACAUGCCUGAAGUCUAAGGGCUUGAGCGGUAGAGGCAAGAGGAUGAAGUUCAAGUCCAGACUGAUAUCCCUGUCUCAAGAGAUUAACAGUCACAUCUGGGUCUUUGUUUCUACACCAGUGUGUAGAGAAUAUAAUAGCUGUGCUUUUCUCUUUUGCUUCUGUGUAGCUGGUAGGGUUAUGGGUAUGUCCAUGCCUGUCUUUUCUUUUAACGAUUCUCUUGAUCCCAGAAGUUGCUGCCAGGCACUCGAAAGCGAGCACCUUGUCUCAGAGAUCUGGAGCCCCAUGCUCGCAGAGCCGUCACCAUGCCUCUGGCUAGAGAUCUAUUACUUCCUUCCUUGGAAGAGGAAAAGAAAAAACAUAAGAAGAAACAACGGGUGAUUCAGAGCCCAAAUUCUUACUUCAUGGGUGUGAAAUGUCCAGGUUGCUACAAGAUUACUACAGUUUCCAGCCAUGCUCAGACAGUGGUCCUUUGUGUGGGCUGCUCAACUGUUUUGUGCCAGCUCCCAGGAGGAAAAGCCAGGUUCACAGAAGGCGGUUCAUUUAGAAGAAACCAGCACAAAACAUCUAUACAAGUUCCUGAAUUUGUGUUUUUAACAGAAAACCUUAUCAACUUCAGUUACUCUACCAAGGCAAUGCAUUAUUCUUUGAUUUUAUAAAGUACAACAAUGAAAAAAAAUUCUCUUAUUAAGAAUUUCUAGUUGGGAUCAGG